AGACUAAAUGUCUAUGUGCUGGCAUGGUUGGUAAUAGAUACAAUGCAGAAUUACACACACGGGGGAGACUGAAGCCAGGACCCAGCAAGGACAAAAGCUGAUUGUAGUGGGGAAGGCAGAGAAAACAAGGUCAAGAUCAGAGGUAUCAGAAUGUCAAGUGUUCCCUGGUCCAGAGCAGGCUCCGGGGAAAGGCGAGCCUGGAGAGGAAGUAACCGGCACAGAUUCCGCAUGUGGGCGGGCUUAUCCAACGGCGGCCGGCGGAAGCGAGCCAGCGGGGUCUAGGGCGCGGCGAGCAGGAUGGCGCCACAGCUUGGCCCCCACGAGCUGGUGCAUGUCUUCUCCUUCCUGGAGGCCCGCGACCUGCUGCGCGCGGGGCAGGUGAACAAGGUCUGGAAUGAGGUUUCAAUGACCAAGGAACUGUGGAGGCAGCUGUGUCUGAGACGCUGGGCCUCCUGCAAAGCCUUCCCCAUGGUCGUGGGCACACAGACAUGGAGGCAGUACUAUUUCUGCCGGUCGGAGCUGGAGUUCCGUGUGGAAUCUGGGCGGCCGCAGGACUUCGUCUGCAAAUCUAUUUCUGGGCACACAGGAAAGAUAGAUCAGCUGGCCUACGUCACACCCCACGAGUACCGCUUUGACGAAAGGGCAAAGUCCGUGGUUUGCACCGUGUCUUCAGACUGUACCGUGCGUGCCUGGGACCUGCACGAGGGCACAGAGGUCUGGUCCAGCCCUGUGCAGCCUGCUCCUCUGAUGAGUUUGGUGGCCUAUCCUCUGCUGCAGCUGGUGGUCACAGUGGACACACAGGGCCUGAUCAUCGGGUGGAAAGCGGAGACUGGGUCUCUGUGGGCCUCAUUCUGCCUUCCAACCUUCUGUUCUUCCAUGGAGGCCUGCGGCCACUCAGAGGGCCCCUUCCUGAUGGUAGCCUGUGCUGAAGGGACCCUCUACACUCUGACAGUACCUCAGCUGCAAGUGGUCUCCAAAGUGGCCACAUUUUCUCAUACCUCUGUGAGCCUCACGUGCUCACCUGACCAACAGUGGGUGUUUGUGUUUGCACAAGGAUCAGACUUAGGUCCAAAGGUGUUCUAUACUCAGUCCUUGCUCUACCCAUCCGAAGACGGGCUUCCUGUCUCCACCAGCCUCCCUGUCAGGCUGAGUUCCAGAGCCUGCUGGGCUCCUGAGGAGGCAGCCAGGCUGAUGGUGAUGCACAGAGAUGUCAGAGGCAUGCAUCUGGUCAUCACUACCUUCGAUUUAAAGGCCAGCAAGUCCAGGGACAGAGUGAGCAUCCUGGAACAACAGCUGGCUAGCUUCCCCCUGCCGGACACUAUGACUCCUCACCUCAUGCAGGGCCACGGCUCCCAAGUGAUCCUGCUGGCCUCCAGGUCAGAGCUGGUGCUAUUCACCAUCCACGGCCUGCAGCUGAUGGCCUUCCAGGACCACCAGAGGCCCAUCACGUCAAUGUGGGUGGAUCCAACCUGUGUCAUCACCUCUUCCUUGGACCUGUCCCUGCGUGUCUAUGUGUGGAAUAAGAAGAAGACAUGUCCUGUCCUCAAGAGCUGCUGUCAGUUGCUUGGGGGAUCUCACAGAUGGGCCAGUGGAUUUACCCACGUGAAAAGUGACAGCAUGAGCAUCGCUGGGGUUGAAGCCAGAAGCAAUGGAACAAGUAUUCUGAGGUCCACACGUAGAAAGGAAGAGCCUGAUUCCUUCAGCUGCAGGAAGUACCUCCAACUAAGACUCACACAAUGAGGAUUUUUCUAUCUUGAAUUUUUUCUUAUGUUUGAAGAGUAAAGACAGGAAUUUCAGACUGCUUUGCCUAAUAUCGGAAUGCACCCUGUUUAUUACAUUAAACCUUUAGCAACAAUGUCUAGACACCAGAGAUGACCAUGGUCCAUGUAGGACAUAGAUGAUGAUAAUGCCAUAAGAGUGCCUGCUUUUCCAUGCUGAGCCGGCCCUGCCUUUUGAUGGCCCUAAGAUAGCUGGCCCUGACCCUUGAGAGCUGCCUCCCUUCCCCUGCACUUGGGAGAGAUGGCCCCAUCCCUCACCAUGGGCAGGGGAGAGCUGACCCUGUUGGCAUGGGCAUGGGGAGCUGGCUCUCCCCUUGCCUGAGGGGGCAGCCCCAGUGGCCUGGACUGACCAGCUCAACUACCACCCAGGCCCACAGCUGACUAACAUCUACCCUAUCUAGGACCUGCUGGAGCCCGUGAAGGGACUGGUCCUGUGGAAUAAUAACCACGGGAUCUCCAUGACUCGGGGUGACUGCAGGAGAUCCAUGAGGAGUUUUGGUGAGGAUCCAAUGAUGAUGGUGUACCAGAAACCAGAGGCCUUGAAUCAGACCAGGACUCAUUGCAAUGAACAUUUGCAAGUAAAGCUGAUUGGACAAAGGGAUACACUGUGGGACACACUGCAGCUCCCGACGCCACCAGGACAAAUGAAGAGACGGGGGAAAGAUGGAGGAACAGAGAGAUUUUGUUGUUGUUGCUGCUACUGUUUUAUUUUUGUUUGUUGUGUUUCUCUUUGUUCUGGUUUGGUUUGAUUUUUUAAUUUUUGUUUGGUGGACCGCUGCAGGGGGAGGGGAGGAUAUGGAGGAACUGGAAGUGAGUGGUAUUGGGGUACAAGAUGUGAAAUUCCCAAAGAUUCAAUUAAAAAAUGAUGUUAAAGAAAAGUGCCUGUCCUGGAAGCCGUCAGUGGAAGAGUCCUCACCGAGCUCCACUAUGGACUACAUGAUGUUCUAAGGCUCAUGGCCUGAUGAGGAGGAUAAGCAGGACUGAGCCAUCCCUAGAUGGCAGUGGGGAACGGGAUGGAGACCAGAGAGAAACAGAAACCAGCAGAUACAAAUACCACAGCCCAGCAAGAAAGAUAACUGUCAUGUCCCGAAGAAGAUGGGUAAGUUCAGGUCAGCCAAGAUGCUGGCAUUUCUGCUGGAGACCUCUCAGGCAUGCUCCACUUACAGGUCCUCUUAAGGGCAUCAUCCUCGGGACACAGAAGUCCUGUUAAGUUCCCUCCUUGGGGAAGUGUCAGCUCUGACAUUGGGAUGAUGCAAGGGUGGGCCUGGUGGCUCUAGGAGUCCUGCUCUGGAGUAGUGAGCCAGCAUGGUAAGGGAAGUCUUCGUGGAGACAGGAAGCUCAGGUUCCAAGGUUAAGAGUUAAAUCUUGCUGAAGGUAUGUGAACACUUGUCUUGGGUGUGGUGCUCCCCAGGAGGAGGAGCCCUGGAAAAUAUAUGGCACUCUCAAGUCCUCCAGGUCCAAGUUCUGAUGCUUUCCUUCCAUGGCCAGCAGUGGGCACAGGUGCAUCUGAUGGGGCAAUAGGCCCCCAGACAGACAAGCAUGGACAGCCGUGUGAGCCUUCCUUCUGCAAACCAAGUUAGACACAAACCAAGGAGCCAAGCCUGGUAGGGCAGGCUCAUGACCUCUGCCACUUUGAAAGUUCAGCCUAUUCUACUGAGUGAGUUGAAGGUCAGCCCGAGCAACACUCAGACUGUCUCAAAAUACAAAGUAAAAUGAGGGCUGGAGACGGAUGUCACUGGGUACUGCACUUGACUAAUGUGUGAGGCCCUGGUUUC